AUGGACCCUGAACCGUCGCUGUCGUGGCAGGACCAUCUCCAAGAUGAGUCGCUCUUGCCGGCCGCCAACGACGACUUCACCAACUUUCUCGAGUUUGGAAUGCCUUUCUCUCCCCAGCAACAACAGCAACAGCAGCAACAGCAGCAGUCGCUUCCUCCUCGUUCAAUCCCAGGAAAUCCUCCUGCGACCGCUUCGGACCAGUUCGUUCGCAUGGACACCGAUGAUCCCACCGCUGCUUCACUCCAUCUCCACACAGACAACACCAGCGGUCAUGAUGUCUCCCAGGGCCCGCCUUCGUCGGGCUUGUCGAUGCCCUCCUACUCUGCUACAACGGCUGUCAUGACUCCUGGGUUUUAUGCCCAGGCGCAACAGUCUUCCCAUUUUCAAGAUCACCAGCAUUUGCCGCCACAGGAACCGUCGCAGCAGUCGGCGAGUUCGCAUUAUCACAUUCCCAAUGGCCAAACUAUAAUCCCUCCGACUCCCAACAGCAUUGAACUACAUGGUAACGCAGCGCGAUAUCCGCAACGUAUAGACGAGUAUGAACAGGCGUACUACACUCCUCUUAUUUCCCCUGCAAUGACACCUUUGGAAACUCAGUUCCGCCUCCCAGAAUACACCAUUCCUGGAGAGUAUUUCACCCCUCUCACGUCUCCAGCUCUCGAAGCCCAGAACGCCAACUCCAAUAACGGUUACCCGUUCCCACAAGGAGGGCCUCAGAUUUCUGAAAUGGGCUUUUUGCAGUCCCCCGUUGACCACGCCCUUCCUGCAUCAUCAACGCCUUCCUCGCCCGGUCUCCUUCGUACCAAACAUCGCCGUCAUCCUUCGACGACCAAUCGAUUCUCCGCACGGGCGAAGAAACAACAGUCGCCGUCGGUGCGGCCCCAAGCGCGCAAGAAAUCGCUGCUCAGUAUCAAUCCCAAUGAAGUGCUUAAUGGUCUUGGUCAAGAUGAUCGCACCAAGCACCAAGCCAAUGGUGUCAACGGAGGAGGGUAUCAUAUUGGAAGCAACGAGAGCUCGCAAGACUCGGUGUCUCCAGAGCCUCUUUCAGAACCAUUGAUGCCCCCACCCGCGAUUCCUCACGCACGCAAGUCUCCGGCAAUUGCUCCUCAGACAUCCCAAUCGCAGGGUAACGACGCGCCCGCAACGCCCGCAAUGCUUAUGCGCAUUCAACGAUCGCAGCAACAGAGUCAAGGUUCGACUGGUCAAUUCACUGGUCAGGCGAAACUUGUUCCAGGUAGCGAUUCACAUGAUGAUAUUAUGACCGAUGUCGCCCUUCCCGAGACUUCUUUAUCUGCUGGGCCCCGUCCAAAGAUGACUCGUAUCGAUACGACUAUCCAUUCGGGUGUCCCUACACCAGCAGCAUCGACCAGCGCGACUCCCGCGUUGGAACCCAAGUCCACCCCAGUGGCACCCAGUCCGCGAUCAGUUGCCAUGCCGUCGCCUAGUGGACCGAUUGCCAAAAAGUCCGAAACACCUAAACUUGGUCCAUCAAGUAGGAAACGACCAAGCCUGAGCUCAACCCAACCCAGUCCGCAAAUACGCCCCAAGAUUAGUCCUAACAUUCAACCUUUGGCACCACGUGGCGAUGGCAUCUCGAGUGAAACAUCUGCUCUGUAUUUGGCAUCUAAAUCUAAUUACCAACACAUUUUAGAUGGAACACUAUUGCCGGGUGUAUCAUAUCCUGAGACUCUAGCUGAGAAUCUGAGCUCGAAACGCACAAAUCACAAACUUGCCGAACAGGGUCGUCGGAAUCGAAUCAACAAUGCUCUCAAGGAAAUUGAAGGCCUGAUUCCCGUGGAGUAUGCAAAGAUGAGGAUCGCCAAAGAGGCUGCGGCUUGCAACGUCAAGCCCAGCGACAAGGAGAAGGAGAAAUCUGGGAAUCAAGCGAUCAGCAAGGCUAGCACAGUGGAAAUGGCCAUCGAUUAUAUUAAAUCGCUGCAACAUGAGCUGGCAGGCACGAGGUUAAAGCUAGCAGUGGCAGAAUCCCGACUAGAAGAGAGAGAAGGUACAGACUCAAGCAAAGAUGCUUCGCGUUCUGGGUCGAACGACGAGACUACCACCAAUUUUGAGUCAACGGACGUUGCCAGUCCAAAUGCUCAGGCCGAUAAAAGUUCUGCAGCUACGUCUUCAUGA